AUGGCUUUCAACUUCGGUGCGUCCAACCCUGCUGGGGGAAGCGCCUCUGCGGAGCUUGGUUCAGAGCUUCCCGAUGUUUUUACCGAUGAAGUCGGUUUCAAAGGAGUCUCCGGGGACGCAAAUAUCCGCUUCCUUCCAACGGCAUGGCCCGACAACGCGCUUCCUGCUCCUACUUCCUCACUUCUGGCUGUCGCACACACCAAAGGCCUCGUUGUUGGCGCUGGCCCAGAUGCGCUGGUAAUAAGUACCACUGAUGUUGUCAGAAAGUCCAUCGAGGCGCCAGCUGGAGAAGAUAUGGAGAAGACGAAGCCAUUCCAGCCUAUCGCCACAAUUCCCCUUCCUUCUCGUCCCACUCAUGUGGCAUUCACACCGGGCGACGAUGGCUUGAUUCUCGCCACGGAGAAUGGCUCUACAAUCUCGGUUUUCGACACAAACACCCUCACACAAGGAAAUGCGCAGCCAGCGAUUUCAAUUCCUACGAAUGGCGUGUCGCUACGAGCACUGGCACCAAACCCCGAGCCUUCCUCGACACUUGUCGCGCUGGUCACCGUUAAUGGCGAGCUUCUUAUUGCCGAUCUCAAGGCUGGGAGCCUAGUUCCUGGACCCAAUGGCCCGGUUCUCAAGGAUGGUGUCAGCUGUGCUUCAUGGAGCAACAAAGGAAAACAGCUUGUUGCUGGAUUGGCCGAUGGCACUGGAUACCAGAUGACCCCAGAUGGAACGAAGAAGGCUGAAAUUCCUCGGCCAUCUGACCUGGAGGGAGACUGCCACAUUUCAUCAAUCGCAUGGCUUGAGAACGAUGUUUUCUUUGUGACAUACACACCAAAUGUUUCAGAGGAUGAUAUGGGAAUGAACCCAGCUUCUUCAUACUACAUCAUAACCCGCCGCAAGCAGGCACCGUUCCUCAUCCAGAAAUUGCCAGAAGUCUGCUCGACUAUGGGCUUUAUGCUGAAACGUGGUCCUGCAUUCCAAUUUAUCACCAGAAUUAGAGAGUACAAGCCUCACUUGAGAGAUGUCUUGAUUGUCGCGUCAACUGCGUCAACUGAUCUCGGGCUCAUUACGCGAUCUGAUCAGCCUCUGGCCAACGAUGAGCGAACCAAACUUCAUGUUGGUCAGUUCAUGACCACAGAAGUAAGCGACGACACCAAACGUGCUAGUGUGCCGUUGAAGGACUCUGGAGAUGAGACAUCCGUCAUCGGCCUGGCACAAAACUUGUCAGCCACGGAAAAUGUCAUUGCACCGCUUCCAGGUUCUGAUAUCUUGGAGAGCUCGACGCCCCUUCCUGGGGUUCUUCUUCUAAAUAAUGAUGGUAUCCUUUCAUCUUGGUGGUUCGUUUACGCUGAUUCCAUUCGCCAAAAUAUCCCAUAUUCGGGGUUGAUCUCGUCUGGUCAGGCAACCCAAGCUCCCUCUCAGCCACAGGCUAUAGCUCCAACCCCGGCACAGCAACCUGCAUUUGGCCAGUCAUCGUUCGGAGGUUCAUCGGCAUUUGGCCAACCGGCUUUCGGAAAGCCGGCCGGAGCUUCCGUCUUUGGUAGCCCAUCUACCUUGGGAGCUUCAACCAUGGGUGCAACUGCUUUUGGAAAACAAAGUGCUCCAGCAUUUGGUAGUCCGUCCCGGCUUGGUGGAAGCCCUAGUCCGGCCUUUGGAAAGCCAUCGUCCCCGGCCCUUGCUCCCGCUUUUGGGACCCCCUCUCAGCCGGGCGCAUCAUUCGGCACUCCUAGUACCCCUGGACAGCCACAGUUCGGGAAAUCUGGAUUCGGGGCUAUAGGAUCUGGACAGUCUACCUCCCCGGCAAACCCAUUCGGUGCCAAAGGUGUAGCAUCUGGCGGUGCUGGCUUCAGCGCCUUCUCCGGUGGAGGCGGCUUCAGUGGCUUUGCAACAGCAAAGCCGGGGGAGUCACCAUUCGCAGCGAAGCAGCCAGGUGGAUCACCGUUCGCGGCCACACAGUCAAAAGGGUCGCCCUUCGCAAACGCCUCUUCUGCCUCGCCCUUUGGAACCAAGUCUCAAACCCAGACCUCAUUCCCGCCUCAAGCGUCCAAUGAAGUCAAGAAUCCGUUUGGCGCCGCACAAGGUGGCUUUGAGCUCAAAUCUGCCUUCAAGGGCGAUGGUUCGGCUGCCAAUGAUGGGCCAAAUGCAGACAAAUCUUCUUCCGGUGCGUUCUCAUUUGGUGGCUCCUUUGAUGAGAUGGUGUCAACGCCCCGCAAGGGAAGCUCAUCGCCGAGUGAAUCAAUGGAUGACACUGAAGAUAUCGAGCCUGUGAAUAAGGAGACAUUUUCAAUUUUCGGCGGGGCAAGCAAACCUGCUUCACAGACUCCUACAUCAACGUUCAGUUCAAAGACAACGCCUUCGGCCGAGAACACUAAGUCGGCAUUCUCGAUGUUUGGCAGUAGUGCUGACCAAAACCGCGUGACCAGCCCAUUGUCAGCACUGUCUGAUAAGACGGAGACACCCAAGAAGAAUUGGCCUAACACAUCACGUCUCGAUGUAGAGGCACCAUUGCCACCAGAUCCUACCAGCCGGGCUAGUUAUGCCGCUGGAGAUACUUCUGCUUCUUCCAAUGUGUCGAAGUGCUCCGCCGAGGAUGUUCCGCUUCCUCCCGAUUUCACUAAGGCGAAGAAGGCUUCACCAAAACCUGAAGAGGACGCCCCUCUACCACCCGAUUUCCUCAAUCAGAAGAAACCUGCCCCCAAGAUCGACGACGCCCCCCUUUCUCCAGACUUCCUAACAAAGUCUAAAAAGGUUGAGGCUGCGGCUGUUCCGGAGGACGCACCCCUGCCUCCUGACUUCACCGCAAAGCCAAAGACCAAACCUUCCGAAGGGGCAGUUCCAAUCCCUGAUGAAUCCGAUGAAUCGGGUAUCUCCGAUGCAGAUUCUGAGGCCGCAGCCGGGUCAGACUUCAGUGAUAGUGGCGAAGAAAUUACACAUGACGAAGCAUUAAUCGCCAAAUCCAAGCAGUCAGCUCAGAGCUCGUUUGAUGCAGCUUCCGAGCAAAGCUCCACCGGAGGAUUCUUCGACAGUCCUGCUCGCAAUGUGAACGACAAAGGCCGCCUUCCCCAGCAGCUAUUUGGGGAGAUCCCUAAGCAGGCACUGCUCCCUCCCCCGGUCCCUAUCGCCAAAGGUAAUCAUGAGCCCUAUCGGUCACCGAGUCCGGUUCGGGUCGGAGGGAAGAAGAAUGUGCUAUUCUCCGAGAAAUCACACAGCCGUAAGGGGUCCACAGGCGCAUUGCACUCGCGUAAGGCAUCUCUUACCCAUAUCGCCCAGCGUAGCGGCCACUUGAGAAAAGCCAGCGAUGUUGCUCGUGAGGAGCGGGAGGAGCAAGAGAAACAAGCACGCGCACACGCAGCAGCUCAAAUCCAGGAAGAUGAUGUUUUAUCUUUGUCAGACGAUGACGAGGACGACAGACUUCGUGAUGAACUGGCUCAGCCCGUUGAGCCUGUUGAUACCCUGGACCCAUUCUUGCCCCACCAAAACUACAUGGGCGACACUCCAAAGCCAGGUAUUGCCGGACAGGUAGAACGGCUCUAUCGUGACAUCAACUCUAUGGUAGAUACCUUGGGUAUAAAUGCUAGGUCAAUGGCGGGAUUCCUUCUGUACCAACAGCCCAAGAAACUCUCUGAUAUUGAUGAGUGGGUGAUCGUCAUGAACGGCGACCAGCCCGCUGACAUUCUCGACACCAAGAUGGCCUUCAAGGACAUUGAGAGAUUUGAAGAGUUGAUUGCUUCAAUUUCGCGAUCAUUGGACAACCAGCGGGUGCAGGGGGUGGAUGAAAAGCUCGAUGCAUGCCGUGACCUGCUCACAAAGCAGAUUGUCACCUUGCGAGGCCAGUUCGCAAGCAUUCGCAAGACUCUUGACGCACACACUGACAUCGGCGCUAUUCUCGAAGCACCACUUUCCGCUGAGCAAGGUGCGCUCCAACAUGAUCUGCGCACCACAUUCACGAAUAUCCAGGUCGAGAUUACCGCUCUCGAACAGGCAGUCUCUCUCCUGCGUGCCAAAAUCGCCGAUAUUCCGCAAGCGAAUGGCGGAGGCAGAAACCGACCAACCGUCGAGGCUGUCACCAAGACUAUUGCUACAAUGAUGAGCAUGGCCGAGGGAAAGAGCACAGACAUCGAUGUUCUCGAGGCACAGAUGCGCAAGCUCGGCGUGGACAUUGUCUCCACAGGGCCUCCAAGCCGUGAAGGCUCCCCAUUCUCUACUCCCCGCAAGAACGCCGCUGGCCGUAUACCCAUGACUCCUGGGUCGCGAGGCUCGAUUGACGGUAGCGCCUAUCACACCCCCGAUUCCGUUUCACGCGGUCUCAACUUCCGGGCCAGCAUCAAUGGCUCUGUGAGACAGAGCCGUCUCCGCAGCGUGGAGGGUGCUGGUGAGCCUGCCCUCCCGCAAGAAGAUGCCAUCCAAUAUAAGGCCAACAGGUCGCGUCGCCAGCGCUUGAAUGCCAACUUGAAGAAGGCCUUCGAGGACAAGCAGGCAAAGGUGCGCAGCGUCGACUGGUAG